CACAACACACACCAGACCCACAGAAGAUCGUUUGUGCGAACCUCGAGAGGGAACAUGAGCGCUGUUGUUGCGGACCUCGACAACUCCUCCACGCCGCAAGACACAAACACAAACACGAAUGCCGGGGCGGGUGAAGGUGGCGGGGUUGAGACAAACGAAGGCACACCCGAGAGCAAUAAGCAGCAUGACUCGAACGUGGUAGACGUUGCCGGAUCCAGCGCUGGAGGCGUGCCCGUACUCAGCCCGAAACCACUCUACGGCAAGGGCGGAGUGGUAGCGGAGGUGGCUGACGAUAUCGCUGCCGCGGUGGAUGCUUUCACCGUGCCGACCGGUUUCGCGAGAAAGGGCUCCCGCAUCGACUCGUUCAAGUACUCGCUCGGAGUGUACGUGGAGCAGAGCGCAGGCGCCAAACACAAGUAAGUACUACUGCCUGGCUAGCGCAGAGUGUCGGAAGGGUAGGAAGGAGAUUCCGUGUCCACGGGGAGACCGCAGCAACGUCAACACGCACCUCAAGAGAAAGCACGGCAUGCAGGGGACCGAAGGAGCGAAGAAGGACGCCACCAGGAAGGAGGGGCAAGGAACCAUCAGGUCGGCGUUGGUCGCGAGCGCCAACUCGAGCCUCGGAAAG